CCUCUUGUUUCCGCCUUUACGUCGCCCUGCUUCCAGAGAGACCGGGGCAGCUGGAUGAUGGCGCUGACCGUGCUGCUGCUGCUGGAGCUGGGGCUGUACGCCAGCUGUUUCAUCUGUGGGAUCGUCACCGCCGCCUCCAUCACUAUAGUCCAGGGUCACUUCGGCGGGCUGUGCAUGCUGUACGGACGCGUCACCUACAAUGUGACGACCAAACUCAUCGGGGUGCAGGCGCCCACCUCCGCCUCUCUCUGCUACUUUGUGUCGGCCGUAUCCAUCCUGGUGGCGGUGUUGUGUUUCUCGCUGUCUCUGUUCUGGGCGUACACUCUGUGCACGGAGGGAGAGACCAGAAGGGAGCGCAUGUGGAUGAACUCCAUCAUCAUCGUCUGCGGCGUCUUCCUCUUCUUCCUGCUCAUCACAGGCUGCAUGCUGAAGAUUGGCCGGGACUCGCUGUGCGACUCAAUUCUGCACACUGUUCCCAACAUCACCAGCUGUAUUGAAGCUCAGGCUGCAAAGUGGAUCAGCCCGCUGCAAGGAGACAAAUUCUACAACAAUAUGCACAAAGCCGAGACGGCGGUGUGGGUCAACUUCUUCUUCUGGCUGAUCAUCGGGGUUCUGGUGUUCGUCCAGAGACGGCAGAGCUCGGGGUCAAAGUUGAUCACCGGGGGCUUCGCCGGGCCAGCCGGGGGCCUUUUUGGCGACCCUGGUGUGACUCAAGCAGAGACAGAGCCGUUUUUCAACCGUCCUGCAAGACCGCAGUGAACACACACACACACACAAAAUCACACUAAAUAAAAGAGUCGGCAGAAAACGCAUUCCAGUAAAUAUAUUGACCAAACAUGACGACAAAUUAGAGCGAUAAAACCUCCGGAUUGGAAUUACAGAGGUUCACCUUAAAAUGAUCCCUGGACUGACAAAACAGAGAACCCUGCAACAGAUUACAAAUCUCAC